CGCGCCUCGCAUUACCAAAUCCCUCCGCCCUCUCCCCCCGCGACGACCGGACGGCCAGUCCAGAUUCCCUCGCCGUCGCCGCCGUGAAACGCCGGAGCGCACGGCGCACGGACCCGACGGACGCCGUCCUCCGCCACCGUCGCCGAGGUUGAGAGCCAUGUCGAGCGACGCGCGCGCCGCCUCCGGCGCCACCGCCGCCGGCGCCGGGGAGUUCAUGCUGUUCGGGGUCAGGGUGGUGGUGGUGGACCCCAUGAGGAAGAGCGUGAGCCUGAACAACCUGUCGGAGUACGAGCAGCCCCAGGACGCGGCCCCGGCGGCGGCGGCGUCGGCAAGGACGACGCGGGGGGCCGCCUCCGGCUACGCGUCCGCCGACGAAGCCGUCGCGCACGGCUCGAAAGGCGGGGCCGGCCGCGAGCGCAAGCGAGGAGUCCCGUGGACGGAGGAUGAACACCGGCUGUUCCUGCUCGGGCUACAGAAAGUAGGAAAGGGCGAUUGGAGAGGCAUUUCGAAGAACUUUGUGAAGACUCGGACGCCGACCCAGGUCGCGAGUCAUGCCCAGAAAUACUUUCUCCGCCGGAGCAACCUCAAUCGCCGUCGCCGCCGGACUAGCCUGUUUGAUAUCACCACCGAUACGGUCACUGCUGGUACAAUGAUGGAGGAGCAAGCUCCUCCAGUGGAUGUUGCGACUGAGUCAUACCCUGCACCACCAACACCAACAGUGCCCUUGGAAUCCAGCAACAUCUCGGGUUUCUCAAUGAUGCCACCGACAGUACACGUUGUGCUACCAGUUCCAGCAGAGAAUCCUGUGGAAAAUCUGAGCUUUGGACCAGGGGGCCAAUUCGACAACUCUCCAGCGAAGCUAGUGCGCCCGGUCCCCAUUCUUCCAGCUCCAGCUGUCCACGAUCUCAACUUGUCUCUGGCCUCGCCUUCGGACCAAAGCGAGCCAUCGAGAAGACCCUCGGCUUUCCAGAUGACCCCGAGCUUCGGCAAGGGGGACAGCAUGAUCAGCGUCGCAUGAGAGCUUCCGGGGGGGCCUCACAAAAGGUUAAUCUAUAUAGCCUCGUGAAGAAAACUUAGGUUAGGGGAAAGAUAGGGUCGUCGCUGAUCUGUACAGACAACGGAAAAGAUGGGAUGAUCAUGUCUUUUGUCGUGCCGUCGAUGCUAUUCUUCUGUGCCUCAUUAGAUAUCUUGGGUCAUUUUGUCCGUCUUGUCCUUUGUAUCUGUGAGCUCAAAAACUGAACUAACGAAACCUCUCUCUCCGUUUCAUUGCCGUUUCAUUUA